AUGUUCUUGCCGCAAAGAGCACAAAGACCGCCGUAUUGGAUCGAAUGGCUGCAUGGUUCGAUGAUCUCAACAAUCUUGGAAGAGGCGUCUUUCAACUUAUCUCCAACUUUAACAUUUAUUUCAGACACAGUUCCUUCCAGAGGACACUCAAAAGACCCAACGUACUCCACCUUGAUCAAUUUGCGCUCGGACUCGUCGUUUUUCGAGUCGUCUUCCUCACUUAACGGCACGGGCUCAAAGUCGAAUUGCUCUGGCUCUGGUUGGCUUGUAGUUUCCGAAACAGCAACCGGUAGAGCUUUCUCUGUCUCCUCUAGCACCUCGUCAAACUCGAAAUCGUCCAUGUCAAAGUCGUCCUCGUGCACCUCGCCCACGUCGUUGAAAUCAAUCACCCCAAGACUCUCCAGCACCUUCAAGUCGCCCUUGGACGGCUGUCGUCUUCGCUGGAUCUCCGUCACUUUGUGGAGUUGCGAGUAUAUUUGGUCGAUAUGGGUGACUGCAAGCAACGUGAGCUGGUUCAAAGCCGACCUUGUCACAUGCUCUAUUCCCAAAUACGAGAGAAACAGGCCAAUGCACGACUCUAAGAGCGUAUCCAUCGGGUCCAGCUCGAUUUUCACUCUUUCUAUGGGGAUGUCCUUAGCCAAGUCCAUUCUGGUCACCGACGGUUUCUGA